AUGACCGCCGACACUAGCGCCGACAUGGAGGCCAUCGUCGCCAUGCUCCGGAAGCUCGAUGCAAAGCAGGAGCAGCUCUCCGCUCAGCAAGCUCAGCAGGCGACACCCAAGGGUGUUGACAUGAUCCCCUGUCCCCAACCGGGUCAGCCGGCUCAUAGGAACGGCGUCGACGCAUUCCGCCGUGCAUCCAUGAGCUCCUCCCCUCCUUCUGUUCCAGGCAUGCUGAGCAUGUCCCCAACUGCCCCAAGUGUCUUUGGCACGUCCGUCGGAUCUGUCACCUCAUCCCCAGCCCUCGACAAGGAGCCCAAGAAGGAGAAGGAGAAGGGCCUGUACCCCUCCCGCGUUGUCCUGACCAGUGAGCUAGCUACCGAACCCCUAGAUGGAGCUGACCGCAGCGUACCCCGGACAGGCCGGUCGACCGGCCGUGAGCGUGGCCCUGUGCUUGCAUCGCGUAUCGGCAAGAACCUGCUGCAGCGUAACGCCAUUGGAGCUCAUGCGGGAAGCUACUCCAUUUACCGCGCUCUCAGUAUCGCCAUGGGCCAGCUGAAGCCCGACUGGCGCCCGGAUCUGCGAAACACGCAUCCUCCAUUCAUUCUUCCUCCUCAGCCCGGCUGGUUCGGCGGUGGCAAGGACGCCAAGAUCGUGUCCUUUGACCCCUUCGGCGCCAUGACGCAGGAGCUGUUUGCGGACGAGUAUGCAGCCGGUGUCGACGUCCGCCCGACCAUCUCGCAGACGCUCGCCCACAUCAAGAUCGAGGAGCUUGACCAGCUCGCUCGCAGGGGCGAGUUCCCUGUCGACGGCAAGAUUGUUGUCCCUACUCCGGAGCUCCCCGCAUUCCCCGGUGUCGACCAGGGUGUGCAGAUCGUCUGCUCCAAGGCGGCCGUCGACCCGGUUUGGUACCUGCCUGGUGUGGCUGAGCGUCUCGGCAUUGAUGAGGGUACUCUUCGCCGCGCGCUCUUUGAGGACACGAACGGCAUGUACCCCGAGCUCCUGACCCGCCCAGACAUCAAGAUCUUCCUCCCUCCCAUCGGCGGUAUGACUGUGUACAUCAUGGGCGACCCAUCCAAGCUCUCCGACCCCAACACGGAGAUCACCUGCCGCCCCCACGACAGCUGUUCCGGAUCCGACGUUUUCGGCAGUGACGUGUGCACGUGUCGUCCCUACCUGAUCUUCGGCAUCAGCGAGGCGAUCAAGUGUGCGCAGCGUGGCGGAGUCGGCGUCAUUGUGUACUUCCAGAAGGAGGGCCGUGCUCUCGGCGAGGUCGUCAAGUACAUGGUGUACAACCGCCGCAAGCGUGGUGGUGACAGCGCGGCGCAGUACUUCAACCACACCGAGUGCGUUGCGGGCGUCAAGGACGCGCGCCACCAGGCGCUCAUGCCCGAUGUGCUGCACUGGCUCGGCAUCAAGCACAUCCACCGCCUCGUCAGUAUGAGCAACAUGAAGUAUGACGCGAUUGUGGGCAGCGGCAUCACUGUCGGUCUCCGUUAUGAGAUCCCUGACGAGCUGAUUCCCGCCGACGGUCGGGUCGAGAUUGACGCGAAGAUUGAGGCUGGCUACUUCAGCAAGAAGGAGAUGACGAAGGAGCUGGUAGAGAAGACGAAGGGAAGGCACUGGGGUAAGUUAGGCUGGCUCGGCGGUAGCUAA